CAUUUUAUUUUUGAGCUGAGACGACGAAAGCAAGAACAAUGAAAACACAAUUUGUUGUCCAGAAAUCUGCAAUGGCGGCAGGGCUCUACUCAUUCAACACUGGCAAUGUUUUAAUUCACGUACUCUGUUGGUGUAGACAGAGUGGGUUUAAUCAUGUUGUUUCCUCGAACAGGAAACAUGUCCUUCAGAGAUGCCUGCCCCUUGGACUGCAAAGUAUAUGUCGGCGAACUUGGAACGAACGGGACUAGGCACGAAUUAGAGAAGGCGUUCAGCUACUAUGGUCCAUUGCGUAAUGUGUGGGUUUCCAGAAACCCUCCCGGUUUUGCUUUUAUAGAGUUUGAAGAUGCAAGAGAUGCGAGUGAUGCCAUAAGGGGGCUGGAUAAAAGAAGAGUAUGUGGAGUUGAAGUAAGAGUUGAGCUAUCCUCUGGUAAAAGCCGUAGGGGAGGUGGUGGUGGUGGAAGGGGAGGGGGACGUCCACCGCAGCGCAGAUCCUUCUCUGAAGAACGUUGCUACGAAUGUGGGAAGCACGGACAUUUUGCCAGGGAUUGUUAUUCUAACCGUGGAGGUGGUGGCGGCGGCGGUGGUGGCGGCGGCAGUAGCAGCAGCAGAGGAUACUCUAACAGAAGAUCACCGUCUCGCUCUCGUUCCCGUUCACCAUACAGGAAGCCAUAUAACAACAAAAGUCGCAGCAAAAGCCCAAGCCCAAGUCGUGAUUGAUUGAUUGGAGUUGUAUGGGAAGUAGAAAGAAAAGUCAAGACAAACCAACUUUUUCUGAUGUUACAUUUCGUGUAAUGUCAUUUAUUGAAGUUUAUUAACCCAUUAAAAGAGGUUGAAAAGAAAAAAAUUUCGAAAAUUUGCUUUAACCAGUUUGAAUUCAUUCAGAAAAAAUAUUAAAGAACCGUGAAUGCCUGAAUUCCUGUUACUUGAGAUAUUAUGGGCAUGUCCCUUCGAUUUAAAUGUUAAAAACUGACAAGGGUUUAAUUUGUCAGUGUACUACCAUGAAGAAGUUGUAAUUUUGCUUUGUGCUUCACUCGGUAUAAAAUGUUCAUCGGUUACCCAACUGUACUUUAUCAUUUUCCUUCCUGAAGAUUGCUUUAUUUCAUGGAGUUUAUUUUAACUGUGGGAGUAGAAACUUACUGAAAAUUGUUCCUAUGUUUGGAUGUAGCAAAUCAACUGAAAUUGUUUUCACUAAACAUGAAUGAUGCUUGUAUUUACAUUGUCUUGCAAUCUUAGACAUGUAACUUCCGCAGUUAACAUACAUUUGGCUUCAAAACUAUUAAUGCGACUGAAUUUUCGGAUUAUCUAUCAUAAAAGCUUGUUUUCUUUUAAUAUGAAAUUUUUUUAAAAGGAAUUGUUAUACUUUCUUUUGUUUUGUCAUGUUCUAACCAUUUCUGUAAACAUCAAUGUUAAAUUGAAUUUGCUCAAUAUUAAUCAAAAUGUUAGAUGUCUGUUCCAAAUGUGAUUGUAAUUAAACUUGUGUAUUGACAUGGUAAUAAUUGGUCCUCUACAGCUAUGUUGAGUAACACAACCUACCCGGUAAUAAAAUUCUGCUAUACCCGAGUCAGCUUUGUAAAACUUGCCAAAUAUAGUAAUGCCAAAUUCAUCCCACCGUAACAUUCAAUUACAAUACUCGAGCUUGAGAUUUUCUACUCUGGGGCUCUGCAUGAAUUUGUUCAAUUUAGUGUUCAAAGGGCAGAUUAAGCUUGCCAGCAAUGUACAGUAGGUGUGAUGCACAGAUCAACAUUAUAGUGAACUGAACACUUGUUUUGAUAAGUGUGCAUGUUUAUAUGAUGCUGUUCUGUAUUGCGUCUAUCUCCCAAUAAUAAAUCUACGCGCAAUUUUCUUCCCUAUGAAUGCAUUUUUAAAUGUAAACUAGAUAUAGGACAUUAGUUUUUAAAUUGGCAUUUAUUUCCGUUACUGAUCAGUUUUAGUGAAAAUUGUGUUAAAUGACUAGUUUGAUGAUAUUAUGGGCUCUGUAAGUUUUUGUAUCACGACUUUAAAUUUCAUUCUAACUGCAUUGUACAUAUUUUGAUCAACCACCUAUCAGAAUGUGUUUUGUGUAUUGCAUAGGCUAAUUUUAAAAGUACUGUAAAUGCAGAUUGGUUGCUGAAUCCCAUGAGGACACAAGUUACAAUCUGAGAAAUAAAACUUUAGUGCGUAUUCCCAAAUGUUGAUCAGAUUGGUAGAAUGUUCCAGUGCAAAAGUACCCCCCCCCCCACCUGCCUCAAUGAGUGAAAAGCCUUUGUUCAUUCUAAAUUUCUGUGUAUGUAUAUUGUAUCUUUGCAAGUCUUGUUUAGUUUGUAGACUGAUAAAUUUAGUUUCUUUUGUAUCAAGUAAAGUAGAGUUGAUAAA